CAUCGUUUGUUGGCCAAAAGGUGCAGGUCGAAACCCAAAAACAAAGAAAAAGUUAACAACAAAAAUUUGAAUUAAGUUUUAUUUUAAAAGUAAUAAAAAAAAUUAAUUAAUUAAAUCCUUUUUUGGUGGAUUAAAAAAAAAAGUUAUUGGUGAAAACAAUUUUUAUUAAAAUUUCUUUUAAAUCAUCAAGAUGAACGAUAAAGAGAAGGGACCUGAAGGAAUUUUGGGAUUAGCCGAAGUAACUCAUGGGAUCAAAAUAUGGAAGAUGCUUUUUGCUGAAUUCAUAGGAACUUUUCUUCUUGUCUUAAUUGGUUGUGGGGCGAUUUUGAGUAUAAAUGGACCACCGUCGAUUAUAGAAAUAUCGAUGGCGUUUGGUUUAACUAUUGGAAGUGUUGUGCAGAUUAUUGGUCAUAUAAGUGGUGGACACAUAAACCCGGCGGUAACAAUAAGCUUUUUCGUCGCCUGCGAGAUGAAAUUACUCAGAACGCUUUUAUAUAUAGUCGCGCAACUUUUAGGAGCAGCAGCAGGUGCAGCUCUUUUAAUGGUUGCAACUCCAGAUCAUUUGGAAGGCCAACUCGGAGUAACCGAUGUGGGGGAAGUAAACGUAGAACAAGCGUUCCUUUACGAAGUUAUUUUAACGUUCUUCUUCGUUUCGGUUAUCCAUACGGUGGCUGAUUCCCAAAGAAAAGAUAUAAGAAGUGCUCCUGCUAUAAUCAUCGGAUUAGCAGCCGCCGCUUGCCAUUUAAGUGGGAUUAAAUUCAGCGGAUCGAGUAUGAAUCCGGCAAGAAGUUUUGGUCCGGCUUUGGUUAUCAAUCAUUGGGAUAAUCAUUGGGUGUAUUGGGCUGGGCCGAUAAUCGGGGCGUGCAUCGCUUCGCUUCUUUACAAAUUUUUCUUCAAACCGAAAAAAUCCGACGAUGAAUCCUACGAUUUCUGACGAACUAAUCGAAAAUGUAAAGAUGCGAAGGAAAAAACGCCGUCCAAUCAUCGAGAUCAAACUGAUCAAACAGUUGUCAUGACCAUUUCAUAGAUUUACCAUAACGAAGAUUAUAAAAAUACGUAAAUUCUUAGUUUUAUAUUUGUAAAAAAUAUUUUAGACGUUUCAAACUGUACAUUUUUGGAAUAAUAGCUUUAUUUAUGUGGAAAUAUUAAUAAUCUAAUUCGUCGCGAUUGCUUCCGGUAUUUUGUAAGCUAGGCAUAAAACUCGUAGAUUUUAAAAGGAUGUAUACAAGAAGAAAUAUAUUAUUAGAACAAAA